UGGCCAGCGCGCGCAGCAGCAGCGGCGAACAUAAACGAUGUGGGCGUGGCUUCAUACACCUGCCUUAGCCUACCUGCCGGCAGACGGAAAGAACGUAAGAUGUCGUCAGGACACCGAGAGCAGCAGCAGUCGAUACGCUUUGGAACCUGAUAUCCUCCACCUUCGGCAUUCCGCCGGGAGGGAGAAGAGGAGGAGAGAAAGUGCCGAAGAGGGAACUUGAGAAGCAGGUUCACCUGACUUGGAGAGUAGAAACACAACUCUGGUCCGCUUUUGAAACAAAGAGCGCGACGGAGGGAACGUAUAUAGCUUUAACCACGACAAGAGCUCGCGCUUCUCAAUUUGCCCUUGUGUGUGUGUGUGUGUGUGUGCGCGUGCGUGCGUGCGCUCGCGCGCUUGCUUGCUCGUGUGUGUGUGUGUGUGUGUUCUACACCAAACAAAAGACUGCAUAGCAUCUAUUAGGUUUAUUUUAACUUUCACUAUGGGUGUCGGAUUCCCGAAGGCUUUAAAGGAACUCGGAGCACCUUGUCUGCCAGACAGAUACAGUUGCUGCCUCACCUGUAGCUACAAGCUGAAGUGAAGUGCCAAUGUGAGUGGAGUUUGUUGAGUUAAUGGCCCGGGCACAGCGCUUUUUAACACCAUGCCCAGAUCCCUAACACAGUGGAUGAUUAAAGUGCUGCUUUGUUUCGCCAUCGUUUAUUUGCGACUCGGGGCCCUUUCCUCUGUGGUGGCCCUGGGUGCCAACAUCAUCUGCAAUAAGAUUCCAGGCCUGGCUCCUCGCCAGCGGGCCAUCUGCCAAAGUCGUCCUGACGCCAUCAUUGUAAUAGGCGAGGGGGCUCAGCUGGGCAUCAAUGAGUGUCAGUACCAGUUCCGCUACGGUCGUUGGAAUUGCUCGGCCCUGGGAGAGCGUACUGUCUUUGGCCAGGAACUCCGAGUAGGCAGCAAGGAGGCUGCAUUCACCUAUGCCAUCACAGCUGCCGGUGUGGCCCAUGCGGUGACAGCAGCAUGUAGCCAAGGCAACAUGAGCCAUUGUGGCUGCGAUCGUGAGAAACAGGGCUACUACAACCAAGAGGAGGGCUGGAAGUGGGGAGGCUGCUCCGCUGACAUCAAACAUGGCAUCGAAUUCUCCCGGAGGUUUGUGGAUGCUCGGGAGAUUAAAAAAAACGCCCGCCGCCUGAUGAACCUGCACAACAAUGAAGCAGGAAGAAAGGUGCUAGAAGAGCGGAUGAAGCUGGAGUGUAAAUGCCAUGGUGUGUCGGGCUCUUGCACCACUAAGACAUGCUGGACCACCCUUCCAAAAUUUAGAGAAAUAGGCUACGUGCUGAAGGACAAAUACAAUAAAGCGGUCCAUGUGGAGGUAGUUCGAGCCAGUAGACUACGCCAGCCUACCUUCCUUAAGGUGAAGAAAAUGCAUGGCUAUCAAAAACCAGAGGAGACAGAUUUGGUCUACAUUGAGCGUUCACCUAACUAUUGCGAGGAGGACGCUAAGACAGGCAGCGUGGGGACGCAGGGACGUUUAUGUAACAGAACAUCGCCACAUACAGAUGGCUGCGACCUCAUGUGCUGUGGCCGAGGGUACAACACUCACCAGUACACCAAGGUGUGGCAGUGUAACUGCAAGUUUCAAUGGUGCUGCUUUGUCAAAUGCAACACCUGCAGUGAGAGGACGGAGGUGUUCACCUGCAAAUGAAAACGAGGACAGGUGAGCUGAGAUGAGGAUGUAUACGAACAGUUUGGGUGGAAGACUUGCUGACUAAGAGAGAUAUUAUUUUUUAAAUAUAUAAAAAAUAUCAGAAACCGAAUGGGAAUUUUACAGUCUUCAGCUGUUCACAGCAUCGUUUUGCACAGCAGAAUGUUUAUAUUUGCUUUCCCGUAGAGGUUAAGUGCUAACCUCAGUAGGUACCAGUCCAGCUUUUUAAUGAGUUUAAUAAACUACCAAAAGCUCAUGCACUGAUGUAUCCAUACAGACUCAAGAAAAAGGACUGUCUGAUGCAUGCCAUGCCCUGGACUACGCAUGCAUUCUGGGGACUGUAUUUUUUUCCAUUUUCAUAUGAUGCUGAUAAAUAAAGGACAAAAAGGAGGCUACGAUCAUUUUGGAAAUUAAUCGGACCCUUCAGAAAGAAAUCAGAAAGGAUUGGUUAAGGUAACCUCACUUAGAAUAUAAGGCUAAAAAGAGAAGGAACAUGAUCCUAAGCUCUGUAAAGAAGAGAAGACAGUGCAGCCUGAAAAACUGAGUUGUUGCUACAAGAAACCUCCUACUGCCAACUGGAACUUGGUGGGAUAUGUUAGCUGUCCAGUCACACUGGAACUGUAUGUUUGAACACUGAAAUUGUUUAUUUAUGUUAUAGUAUCUUUAAAAAAAAAAAAAAAAAAAAAGCAAAGCACUAACGGGUAGAAAUGUCUUUUGUACUAAAUGUAAAUAAACAGAGAAAGAUGGGGGAAAAAAAAGUUUGUAUAAACGUCUGACUGAAAGUGACUGACAGACUUCUCAAGAAAAAGCUCCCAAGUCCUGUGACGAAUCUAUUUCUAUUUUCCUAAAAUGGUUUAAACAAUAAUAGCGUGUUGACUUCAGACACCACCAUUUAGCACAGUUUACAGUUUACAUAUUUAACAUUGGUUCUACUUUGCUGUAGCCUAGCCUCAGUGUGCAAUAAGGUAUGCACAAAAAAAUUUAACAUUCUACUUUAAAAAAAAAAAAAACAACUUAGAUAAUAACUAAAAAGCACUCUUUAAUGAUCUUUUCUCAACUUGCUGGAUGUGUUGCUGCACUGAUAUUUUUUUCUUUUCUAGAAACUAAAUAAAUUUGCAUUUGACUGACUUUGGGAUCUUGCAGGGAGAGAUUUUUUUUUUUGUAGCCCAAAUAUGUGACUGCAAUUUGCUUUUAUGGCAAGCAUAUUUUAUUUAUAUGUUUAUGUUGAUUAUACUAAUGGCAAUAACUGAAUAUUAACCAUUCACAUCCACUUAAGAGAGAGCAAUAAUAUGUGCUGUAAUACAAUACUACAGUAUACAGUAUAUCUGGUGGAUUUAUAUCUUUAGCUAGUGUAGGUUUAUGUCAUUUUUAAUAACGAUUAUAAUCCAUUGGUAUAUUUGAGGAUAUCCCACUGAUUGUCAAAACUUGCUUCCCACUACCAUGCCUUGAGACCUUAUUUGGGAUUGUUCCCUUAAACAAGACAAUAUUCAUCAUGCAACAUAUCUGAGCCAAUUCUUGUACACUGAGAAAAGUCCCUUAUUCAGACGUUCCGACCACCUCUAAAUACGACCACUGGCCGUGUGGACGAAACAUAAGUCAUUAAAAACAUCAUAACACAAUAAAUCUGUCAUCUUGCUGACUUGGACCUUAUUUUGUACACACCACAUGGUCGUAAUAACCUGUGGUCAAAUCCCUUGAUUAUGGUAUGCAUGAAACAAAAGUUAUCUCUGGCAGAAAAAAAAAAAAAACCAGGAGCCCAUCUCUCAGUGAGUUGUAGGAAGAACUAUGGGAAGGGAGCCCUGAGGCGUAGUCCACAAUUUUUAAAUAAAGUGUUGUGUGAAUCUUUGACAGUAUAUAAUUUUUAGGUGUUGCAUAGUUGAAAUGAUUGCUGCAGUGCUGAAAUCUAUCUCUCUUAGGAUUCCAGUGGGCACAGGAAGAAAAUCCAUUUUAAAUAAGAAAAGGGUUUGGCAGUUUGGCAAAUCAAUAUUUUUAGUGAAAUCCCUCAGAUAUUCAUAUAAACAAUUUUUUUUUUCUUCUCAUUUUUAAGCAGUCAUAGUGAGUUCCCAGAGCAGUUGUGUUAUGUUCAAACAACCAGUCUGUACUGGACAAACACCACAUUUAUGUGUUAUCCGUUCUACCAGCUACAGUGGUGCUUGAAAGUUUGUGAACCCUUUAGAAUUUUCUACAUUUAUGCAUAAUAUGACCUAAAACAUCAUGAGAUUUUCCUAAAAGUAGAUAAAGAGAACCCAAUUAAACAAAUGAGACAAUAAUAUUAUAUUUGGUCAUUUAUUUACUGAGGAAAAUGAUCCAAUAUUGCGCAGCAAUAAGUGUAACUAAAUGUAUCUGGUAAGAAAAGCCACCAACGUAAUUGGGUUCUCUUUAUCUACUUUUAGGACUUGUGUGAAAAUCUGAUGAUGUUUUAGGACUUAUUUAUGCAGAAAUGUAGAAAAUUCUGAAGAUUUCACAAACUUUCAAGCACCACUCUACAGUAUGCCGUUUGUUUUUUUUUUCUCCACACUAUAUGACACACCUGGGAUUCAAGAAUGGGAUUGCCCCCAAAUAAUCUCCCUCUGAAAUCAUGGUUUUAAAUUUUUAAUUGAAGAUUCAAGUAUAAUUAUUGGCAGCAUCAAAGGGAGUCUUAUCCUUUGUAGACGAUUAAUGUUACUGAUAGGGAUUACAGCAUUUAUUAUGCCUGUAUUUCUGUUUCUGCCCUGUUGCACUGAUACACCAAAAGGAGAAAUUUUAAAAACAUUUACAGCAGGUAAUGCACACUUGGUAUAAAUGUAAAUACUAAGUUAAUUCUUUCAAGAAAUUAUGCAUGUCAUGAGAAUUAAGGAUGC